UAAAUUAUUACUGAUACGUUAUAAUUAUAUGUUUGACUUCAUAUUUCAUUCGCCGUUUUUAUUGCAUUGCUCAUUUUGUCGAUAUAAUAUAUUUUUUAACCUUCUUAAGUACAUUCAACGGUUGAUUACAGGUUUUACAGCGUCGAACCAUGAUUUGUAUUUUUUAGGGAUUUUAUUUUACGCAAAAAGAUGCCAAACAAGUGCAGUUUCAUUGAAAUCUAAUCAGAGCGCCUUGAACUAGACUUACAGAACUUGUAUUAGACAAGUUAUUUAGGAAACGACGUCACAUUAUGUAACAUAGCAUAUUGCUCUGUUUACUUUGAUAUCAGAAGCAUUUUAUAUUAAAAUAAUGGCUGAGAACAGACCGAUAGAAGAGGCAGCGAACGGAAAUUGCGACUCAAGGAUGUCACAUGUAUCGACCUCAAAUGAAAAUAGACAAGUUCAAGAAUCAAGUAGUAUUAGAUAUACAUUGACAAGUAUAAGCUCCGGAACGCCAUUUAACUUUGGCAUUAGGACAGCAGAACGCUCUAGAAUAUUUGGAAAUAACAUCUCUUCCACUAUUCAAGGAAUUCGUCCUCUCAUACAACAAGCAGCGCCUAAUAUAUCAUUGACAUCACUCUUGGCCAUUCAUGGACUCCGAAAUCAGGUACAUCCAGUCGCCUUACCAAGUGAUAGCUAUGUGAUCGAUUUAGAAGAGCCUGUAACAAGCAGCACAGAUUCUCAUGAUGAAUCUGGACAUAAUCAUCAUCAUUAUCAUGUAGCAUCGACUAUGCCAAAUAAUUUUUCAAACAAUAUGCAUGAAGCUGCAAAUGAGGUUGCUGAAAAUCAUAAUAAUAAUAAUAACAACGCCUCAGAAAAUACCACCAAUGGCAAUGUACAGAUAGGUCCAGAGGCUCGGGCGAUGCUGAAACAACUUCAGCAAUAUGUUCCUUUUGUUACAAUUCUUCUUACCAAAAGUCUUUACGAUCACAGAGCAGGCGUACUCACGUUUAUCAUACUACUCGUCACGUUUAUUCAUGCUAAUAAUGACCUCAAACGCGAGAUUGCCAAGCAACACAAUCGGAGCUGGUCAUUGCUCAUGCUGAUUCUAUGCUACAUCACUGCAUGCAUUAUCUUUGUUGUUUAUACAUUUGACUUUUAUACCCUCGCUCCUUACGCGGAACCGCUCACGAUCUGGGAAUUGCUUUGCUACGUCACAAUUAUGGACUUCUUCCUCAAACUCAUCACCAUCAUCUGCAAAGUUCUCUUGACUUGCCUACCAGUGCGAAUACUAGCAUUCCAGAAUCGAGGAAAAUAUUAUCUUAUGGUGGAAGCAAUGUCGCAGCUCUAUCGAUGUGUCGCACCUGUUCAACCGUGGUUAUAUUACCUGCUUGAAACGUAUCAGGGUCCGGAGAAAAUUAUAGGAAUUUUGUUCUCGGUGAUGUAUACAAUGAGCAAGGGUAGCGAUCUACUGUCACGCCUUAAACUGUUUCGCACUGCUGCAUGGAAACUGUUUCAAAACGUGAGCUUAGGAGUAUCUCCGUCGAAGGAACAGUUAAUUGCAUCCGGUGGUAUAUGUGCGAUUUGCCAUGAAGAAUAUAUCACGCCCGUUAGACUUCAUUGCAAGCACAUCUUCUGUGAAACGUGCGUUUCGACGUGGCUUGACAGAGAGCGAUCGUGCCCCUUGUGCCGUGCGUCCAUUACGGACGAUCCAAUUUAUCGAGAUGGUCAUACAACACAUUUCGUUCAAUUAUAUUGA